CAGGCUGGUUUCGAACUCCUGACCUUAAGCGAUCCUCCUGCCUCGGCCUCCCAGAGUGCUAGGGUUACUGGAGUGAGCCACUUCGACCGGCCACUGUUGCCUUAUUUUAAGAAAUUGCCGCACCCCAGCCCACCGCCCCGAUCAGUCAGCACCAUCAAUGUCAGGCAGGACCCUCCACCAGCAGGAAGAUGAUGACUCACGGAAGGCUGAGAUGGUUGUUAACAUAUUUAGCAAUAAAGGAUUUUCAAUUAGGGUUUACACAUUGUGUUUUUAGACAUAAUGCUAGUGUGCGCUUAAUAGACUAUAGUGAAGAUAUCAGUUUAUAUGCACCAGGAAACCAAAAAAUUUGUGUGGCUCACUUUAUCGUGAUACUCACUUUAUUGCAACGGUCUGGAACUAAGCUCACAGUAUCCCCAAGGCGUGCCUGUGUAUCUCAAUAAAACCGUCCAGAAAGAAAUGAAAACGGAACCUGGGUCAGAAAGGAAAUCCUUCCACCGAGAGAAGCUCAGUGCUCGACGGCUUCGUGGCCGGUUCUUCCAAACAUUUCAGAAGGCACGAUUCUCAUCAGACUCCCAAGUCUUCCAGAAAAUGUAAACAGAAAAACUCACAAAGACACCGAAACUCGACAAGAAGAGCACGAGAGAAGAAAACGGCAAACACAGGUGCAAAAUCCCGGGCAGGACAUUACCAGAUUGCAUCCAGCUCGUGCAGGCCAGGCAGAGCCUGUCCUGACAGGCUGGGCUUUCCCCAUGUGGAUGCCAGGAAGGCAAAGCUCCAUUUAAGCCAGUCGCUGCAGUCCCUCACCUUAGCAGAUUAAAGGGGAAAAGUCAUUCCUCCGAAGGAUGCUGGGACCACCGUUGAUAACGGUCAGCAUCUGUUUAUAUUUUUCAAAGUUCUUAGCAAAGUAAGGCCGAAAGGGAACUUGUUUGCCCUGGUACAGGCUGUCUGGGUGUCACGCAAAUGGUGAAAUGCUGAAAGGGUUCCUCUGAAGACAGACAGCGAGACAGGACGGCUGCUCUUCCCGGGUAUAAAUUGGGGUGAUGCUGGCUGUUUUCACAGACUGCAAACGUAACAGCUCCAACAGGAUCGAGUCUGUUUCCCUCACGUAGCAAUCCGAGGUCUGGCCCUGUUGGCCUGUUUUCCGGGUCUUGCGUCUGAGUCUCUGCCAUCCUUUAAAAAUCUAUUUAAGAUAGAGCCAGCGUAUGACCCAGCAACCCCGCUGCUGGGCAUACACCCAAGGACAUGAAAUCAGUGGGUCCAAGAGGGUCGGCACUCCAUGUCCACCGGAGCCCCGUCCACAAUAGCUAUGGCAUGGAAUCGACCUCAGAGCCCGUCUGCAGAGAAAUGGGGGAUGCAUAUGCAGGCUGAGCGUCCCUUAUCCAAAAUCUUGGCACCAGAAGUGUUUUGGGUUUGGGAUUUUUUCAGAUUUGAGGUAUUUGCAGAUACUUAGCAAUUGAUCAUCCCUACUCCAAAAAUCCUAAAUCUGAAACGCUCCAAUGAGCACUUCCUUUAAGCAUCAUGUCAGUGCUCAAAACAUUUCAGAUUUUGUCGUAGGUUUUUGGAUUUUGGAUUCGGGACACUUAGCCUGUAUACACAAAUUGACUCUUGAAUUUAGCCACAAAAGAGAAGGCAGUCCCGUCGUUUGCAACAACGUGGAUGAACCUGGGGGACUGCGUUAGAUGAAAUAAGCCAGGCACAGAGAGACGAACGCUGCGUGGCCUCACUCCCGUGCAGAAUCUGAAGGUCGAGCCCGCAGAGGCAGAGCGGGAUGGCGGCGCCGCAGGCCGGCGGUGGGUCGGGGAGGUUGGAGACUUGCUGCUCAGAGGACCAAGUUCCAGGCAGACAGGAGGAAUACGAGUUCGAGAUUUGCUGCAGAAAAGAGUAAGCAGAUGAGGUCAUGGAUGUUAAUUGGCUUGGUUUAGCCAUUCCACUGUGCACACAUGUAUCCAAACGUUCUGACGCCUCACCAGUAUAUACAGUUCUUGUCAAUUACAAACUUAAAAAAUCAAACUCACCGUCUUGCAGACUGUAUGAUGGUGGACACAGCAUAUCUGAAGGCCAUUUAGAGAUGAAGGGUGACGCAUAGCAAGUCACCGAAUUACGAAGUCAGCACCAGACCCGAUUUUAUGUAUUGGCAAAACAGAAAAUGAGCUUUAUAAAGAUGUUUCAUCAGGGGGUGUUGUCCGACCUGGAAUCCGGGACUGAGUCUACCCUGGGGAAGACCCCUGGGCGGGGGCACCCAAGAGGCAUCGGAGAGAGAUGCUAGGGGAUUCCCGAGUCCACGCUCGCUGGCCGAGGGGACAAUGCCGCAGACACGGCAGUUUCUCACCACCUGACCCGGAGCAUGCCCGCUGAGUGCCUGAGGCUUGCUGCACCGGUUCUGCAAAGUCACAGGCGGACAGAGCCAGCACGUCCGCAGGAGCCUGCAGGAGGGAGCUCUUGAUUAAGUCCCAGCACAGCGUCGGGUGCUGUGGGCCCAGGAUGGAGCCCGGGAGUGAGCCACGAGCCGCAGUGACUGUGCUGUCCGGGGGCUUUGCGGGCAGCGAGUGGGGGUCUCUGGUGGGUUGUGCUGGGGCGCUCAGGUGCCCCGUGGGAAGGGCAUCAUCGGACCCCAGCGACAUCGACGUGCAAGCUGGCACCGACUAGCCGGAGAGCUUCGAGACGGAGGCGCUUUGGGGAGAUCGUUCAGGGUACGGGGAUGGGGUAGAUUUCUAAAACGAGACAGACGCAGGAAGAGGCAAGGUGGAACGUGGAAGUCCAAUACAUUUAUGAACUUCAGUUCCUCCAGGCGGGCUCCCACCCCUCCUCUGUGCCCGGCCUGCGGCACACCCGGCGCCGGCAGCUGCCCCGAGCCCAGCGCCAGAUGCAGCAGGCCGUGCCAGGCAGCCUGGGGCACACCAGAGCCUGGGGGCUGGCCCGCGCCGCGGGCUGAUUGAGAUGAACGCUGCCGUGUUUGGACAGCUCACCCACCCACGCACACAGCUCAUGGCCACGCGGGAAGAACGAGCUUCCUCCGCGUGGGUCUUUUCUCUGUCCUGUGUGUGCAGACACGCUCGACGGUCUUUGCCGAGCUCGCCUGCGUGCCGCGGGCCUCUGUUCGAGCGCACCUGGGGGCAGCCUGACCUCAGGGCGCAGAGGGCUGCUGCUUUCUCACGGCCGUGUGCCGCGUCCUCUCAGUCGGCACGUCCGCGGCCUGUGCUUCUACAAAGAGGACUGGAGGGUGUCUCGGUCCACGCGGGCUGCUGUAAGACAACACUGUAGACCGGGCGGCUCGUCAACAGCGCAUGCGUAUUGCUCACAGCUCUGGAGGCUGGAAGUCGGGGACCGGGGCGUGGCAGGCCUGUGUCUCGUGAGGCCGCACUUCCUGGUUCAUAUCUUUGACGAUAAUCUUAUCAAACAUUGUGAGCUGCGCUUAUCCGAUGAAUGAAACACGCUAUAUCAAUGUAGCUUUUUAUUUUUUUAAAUAGAGAGGGGGGUCUUCCUACGUUGUCCAGCCUGGCCUCUACCUCCCGGCCUUAAGUGAUCCUCCUGUCGUGGGAUUAUGGGCAGGCACCACAGCACCCAGCUAAUCAACAUGGUUUCAACGGGCUGUUCCUUGUGUGGGCUUGAGCACUGUGUCCCAGGUUUUAAGAACCAGCUGUAUUUCUCCCCUCGACCUGUAGGUUUGUAGCCUUUGUUUCCUGCCAUUCCUUUAGUUAUUGAUUUACGGGAAAGGUAUGCGUCUGCACACACAGGCACGCACACGCAGAGCCGGCCCUUGCUCUGGGGUAUGAACUGAGGCUCUCCCCCGGUGUGUUGGGCUUCUGACUCUGUGCUCUUUCAUCUGCCACGCGGAGAUCUUGGCUGACGGGCAGCGAGCCUCUGACCAUCCUCCCGCUCACCCUGGAGCCUGAGGCAGCGGCCCAGGCGCACUACAAGGCCUGCGACCGGCUGAAGCUGGAGCGCAAGCAGCGGCGCAUGUGCCGCCGGGACCCAGGCGUGGCCGAGACGCUGGUGGAGGCGGUCAGCAUGAGCGCGCUGGAGUGCCAGUUCCAGUUCCGCUUCGAGCGCUGGAACUGCACCUUGGAGGGCCGCUACCGGGCCAGCCUGCUCAAGCGAGGCUUCAAGGAGACCGCCUUCCUCUACGCCAUCUCCUCGGCCGGCCUGACGCACGCGCUGGCCAAGGCGUGCAGCGCCGGGCGCAUGGAGCGCUGCACGUGCGACGAGGCGCCGGACCUGGAGAACCGCGAGGCCUGGCAGUGGGGGGGCUGCGGGGACAACCUCAAGUACAGCAGCAAGUUCGUCAAGGAGUUCCUGGGCAGGCGGUCGAGCAAGGACCUGCGGGCGCGCGUGGACUUCCACAACAACCUCGUGGGCGUAAAGGUGAUCAAGGCCGGCGUGGAGACCACCUGCAAGUGCCACGGCGUGUCGGGCUCGUGCACGGUGCGGACCUGCUGGCGGCAGCUGGCGCCCUUCCACGAGGUGGGCAAACACCUGAAGCACAAGUAUGAGACGGCGCUCAAGGUGGGCAGCACCACCAACGAGGCCACCGGCGAGGCGGGCGCCAUCUCCCCGCCGCGGGGACGGGGCUCCGGGACGGGCGGCAGCGACCCGCUGCCCCGCACUCCGGAGCUCGUGCACCUGGACGACUCGCCCAGCUUCUGCCUGGCCGGCCGCUUCUCCCCGGGCACCGCCGGCCGCAGGUGCCACCGCGAGAAGAACUGUGAGAGCAUCUGCUGCGGCCGCGGCCACAACACGCAGAGCCGGGUGGUGACGCGGCCCUGCCAGUGCCAGGUGCGCUGGUGCUGCUACGUGGAGUGCCGGCAGUGCACGCAGCGAGAGGAGGUCUACACCUGCAAGGGCUGAGCGGCUCCCCCAGCAUGCGGGCCCGGCCGCCCUCCGACCCGAGAGCGUCGCGGCACGAUGCUCUCUGAGCUGUCCCGUCCCGAGCUCGCCAGGCCCGCGUGGGGAGCGGCCCUUGGCGGGCGCACCUCCCUGACCACACGGCCUUGCGUGUGCGGGCCGCCCUGGCGCCCGGGCCUGGCCAGGGCCGCCCUGCACCGGCACUGUCUCCGGAGAGCGAAACCACUAGGAGAGGACGGAGCCCGCCCGUCCCUGGGCCCAGCCGCCCUCGUGCCGGGCUCAGGGCACGGCGCCCUUCCUUCUCUGACGCCAAGCACUUCUCUUUGGAGUGAAUAUCAGCGACUUUUAAGUUAUUCUUAUUAUUAUUUAACUAAUAUAAUAAUAAUUAUUUCCUCCGUCCCUGCUGCCCCCGGCCCGCGGCUUCCUCCCCAGCCGCCGCGCUCAGCCCCGGCCCGGUCUGGGAGGGCCCCUCCUUCCGUCCCACACCUUCCCUCCUGACUCUGCUUGCCUCUGAUCUGCUUUGUCGUUUGAAACCACUAAAUCAAGAUAGACGUGUUGUUGUUGUUAGAGAAAUAAAGUGCGCGGUGUCUGGCCGCAGCCCUCGGGGCCCUGGAAGCCGCUCCCCGUGCCCGGCCGCCCGCCCAGCGGCCCACGCGGCGGCCCCUGCCCCGUGCCGUGCGCACUCGGCUCGCGUCCGGGUGUCCCGGUGCAGGUCGUCGGGCCGGGGGUGGCCAAGGGGGCUGCUCUGUUGAGGGUGCAGGGCGGGUCCAUGUGGCCAGGAAGCCACGCUUGCUCUGAGUCGCCGGGGAGAGGCAAGGCGGGGCCAGGCGCAGGUGGGGAGAGAGUCUUGGGCUCGGCUUUGGCAGGGGAACGCCGUUCUUUUGGGCCUUGCUGUUGUCCUUGCAUGGGAGAGGGUGGCCUUCGCGGGCCUGGUGUGUUUUGGUGUGCGUGUGUGUGUGUGUCCUGUGAGCGUGUGCGUGCAUGCCGCGCUGGCCUGGUGGGGGGCCGCGCCCUCUCUCGGAGCACUGCUGGGCCAGGCCGUGGGCGGCGGGAGGGGCGGGUCUGGUCCCCGGGCCUGCAGCCCGACCGGGUGUCCGGGUGGGGCCUGGGGUGCGGCGGGUGCGGAUGCGGGAACUACUGAGCGAGCAGGUUCCUCAGAGCCCGGGUCUCCAGGAGGCCGGGCACGUGCUUUUCACGGAAAGCCUGUUGCAGCGGACGCGGGUCCCUGCUGCACUGAGGACAUGCCGAGUCCGCUCUCCUGUGGCCUCCCGGCUGCAGCGUCCCGGAAAGGAAUGUAGGUGGCUGUAGGCGGUGGCCGUCGGCGGGACGGGCGGUGGGCUUGUCCUCCAGUCUGACGCACGUCCGGGCAGGCGGCAGGGCGGCCACCCCUGUCCUCCCCAGCGUCCCUCACGACAAGCCUGUGGCUCGGUCCCUGUCGGGUCUGUGGAAAGCUGCCGAGUCAGAGGAAGGAUAUUUUUUUAUCGGAUACCACAUUUAGCUCUAUGUCAUAAAUAUUCAGAGAAGUAUUUUUGUAAACAAGGCAGACCGAAAACGCCUGCCGGCUGGCCGUCCCCUGUGCAGCCGCGCGGGGCGUCCUGCCUGGUGAGGAGGCGGCUCCGGCCGCCGUGGCCUCCCGCCCCGGCCU